AUGUCCGCUCGAAGAAGUCUGGGAGGCGGUCGAGUCUUGGGAUCCGGGAAAGGUCUUGCGCCGCCAACACGACCUCCAGUCCCUCCCAGACCAGUCCAAGCGGCCCGGAGUCCAGGGCUCUUGUCGCCCUCAGAGAGCUCCGUCUCUCUCGGUUCGCAGACAUCGAGCACCCCGGUGUCCACCGAGAACGAGGACCUCACAUCGCGUAUCGCCCUCGACGAGCAUGGAUUGGCCCAGGCGGCAGCAGCGGCCAGCUCGCGCAUGGUCUGCCCAAUAUGCAAUGAAGAGAUGGUAUGCGCACCAGCCCUGAGCAGCACCAGCAAACAUGGACGGAGCUGAUAUGAUACGCUGAAAUUAGGUCACCCUACUACAGUUGAACAGGUAGGUAUGGAUACUCGGCUGGACGUGAGGCUGUGGGGUACGUGCUGACUUGCGUGUAGACAUAUCGAUGACAAUCAUGCGAAUCUGGAAGUGAUGGAGCAAGAUGAAGCCAAGACGUGGUUCAAACAACAGAUGACCAAGGCCAAGAAGUUUCAGCCGCUUGCCCUUAUCAACCAGAAAUUGCGUGGCCUGGAGGUGUUCGAGUCUAAUAAUGAAGCGGCUGUGCCCAUUCAGCAGGCUGUGCAGGCGGUCACUGGACGCAGGGAAGGCUCACCAGCUCCUGCGCCCAAGGAGCAAGAGGCUCCCGAUCCGGACGAGGUCGUUACACGAGCACACUGGCAACGACCGCGAGGUUAUGAUGAUUGCGCUGACCCCCUGUGUGGGAAGCGUCUCGGCCCUGUGAACGGACAGGUCAACUGUCGACACUGUGGCAAGUUAUUCUGUGAGGAGCACACCAUGUAUCAGAUGAAGCUGUCUCGCGCGGCACGACAUGAGCCUGUUCGUGGACUGUGGUGUCGCGUCUGUGAGACUUGCUACAAAAGUCGAGACGGAUAUAAUGAUCACAAUGGCUUCGAACGAAAUCACUACGAAUUCUUUAAAAGCGCAAGGCGAAAAACUGUGGACAAGCAAGCACUGGAAACAAGUCGUCUUGAGACCCGUCUGACAAGACUUACACAGCUGCUUGCUGAUCUGCGCCCGAUGGAGCAAAACCAGAGCACAACAAAUCUCUUGUGGUCUUCAAUAUCAGGAACCAAACCCCAAAUCAGAGCGUUGGAGCAGUCGGUGGUCCCUUGGGAAGAUGAUACGACUGUGUCUGAAUGUCCAUUCUGUCAGCAAGCUUUCUCGCAGUAUAGCUUACGGCGCCACCACUGUCGCGUUUGUGGCCGUGUAGUGUGUGGUGACCCAAACACCGGGUGCUCAAAUGGGAUUGGCCUCGAAGUGGACAGCAGUGAGUGGCGUUGUCCUCUCGAACUCAGCAGCGACUGAUGUAAGACAGCUACUGACAUUCUUUCAGAGAAGAACGGCAACAAGGUUGCUGUUGAUGUUCGCAUGUGCAAGGAUUGCCAGCGCACUAUCUUUAGCAAAGCCGAUUUCGCCCGCGAACUAAACACCCACACGGCAGAUCAGCGCGCCUACCAGAAUCUUGUGCAGUUUGAACAGGGUAUUCGUUUGCUGCUUCCGAAGUUCCAAAGAUUGCUCGCGCCUCUGCAGGACCCAGAGAGCCCGCCAUCCCCAGCGCAGCUCGCAGAAGCCUCGAAGGUACGAAAGCGCCUCACGGAUGCCUUUACCCAGUACGACAUGGCGUCGCGGAGGAUCCGUGACAUGCCGACCGAAAGUUCUACACAACAACAGUUGCAAAAAGCCAUUCAUCAGAAAGCGCUCGGCUUUCUGCACGUACACAUGCUGCCACUGAAAUCUCUCCCGAAGAUCAUGCGACACGCGAAUUCGAGCAGCAUGCGCAGCCCGCCGACUAGCGCAAAUGGCAAGCCACAGGGAGCUUUGUCACAACUCAAGUACAAUUCCCUCGCCCAGGAGAACGGGCAUGGAUCACGACCUGGAAGCAGCCGAACGAGCAGUCAAAGUUCUGCCGCGGUGACGGCAUUUGAAGCUGAGGAGAAGGAGCUCCAGGAAAGGCUCAUUGUGCUGGAGGAGCAGAAGUUCUUCGUCUCGGAGAUGAUAGCCAACGCCAACAAGCGUCGUAGGUUCGAUGAGGUGUCUGCACUUUCGCAGAAUGUCGAAGAUCUAUCACGGGAGAUCGACCAGAUACAAGGGCAACUGGUACAGAUGGACUUUGCUGGUGCUUAUGCCGCUGAUCAGGGCGUGAUAAAAUGA